AUGGGGCGCGACAAAAUCCGCAUUAAUGACCUUCUUCUUACCGUUCCUCUUCUCACCGGUGCCGUUUGGCCAAAACCUCCCGGGCAACCGGCUCUGCAACCCAUUUUGGUAUCCCUCGUCGUCCCAUUCGACAUAUCAGCCUCAGCGGCCACAGACGACCUCACAUACACGAUCAACUACUCCCUUCUCUGCUCCACGCUUCGAGAUUCCUUCAACGACAAAAGUCUCCCAAUAGAAGAUCUCGAAACGCUAUCCUCCAUGAUAUUCGAUGUCCUUUUCAGUCGGCACGAUAUUGCCCUCGAUGAAGUGAACCUAACACUGGUUCAAACAAGAGCGCCACUAAACUGCAAGUCGGCCCGGAUAGAAGUCACCGCAAAACGAUCCUCUGGAGCAUCGUGGGUUGCCAACUGGACAGCACACUCUUGUCAAGACAUGGAAUGCUCUGCCAUCAUUGGAGUGAAUGACUGUGAACGCGAAGAGCGGCAAAUUGUGCGCUUCAACGUCGACGUUGAAUGGAAGGACUGUGGCGUUCAAAAGCUGGACUUUCGGGCAUUGACGAGGCGGCUAUAUGAGAAAGUCAGCCAGUCCUCGUUCAAAAUGCUUGAAGCUUUGGCCUCGUAUAUAGCGGAAGAAACACUACGCUACCUGAAUCCAACUUCUCAAGUCCCACUGGUUACCGUUAGAGCCGCCAAGCCUUCUGCAAUAGUCUUCGCUGCAUCCUCCGAAAUCGAGAUUUCCAGAACAUUCUCCGACUUUCCCGCAAUCUUCAACGCACCCUCGCAUGAGGAACCUGAACUGGUCGCAUUGGCAAUUGGUUCCAACCUUGGGGACCGUUUCUAUAAUGUCGAACUUGCGCUCCGUCUGCUCGAAGCUCCGCAGCACCUUGGGUUUGAUUCUUCCUUCGCAACCGUCGUCGACACGAGCUUCCUGUACGAAACUGCUCCCAUGUAUGUCACUGAACAGCCCUCAUUUCUCAAUUGUGCAUGUCUAAUCCACACCAAUCUGGAACCUCUGGACCUCCUCAAGUUUCUCAAGCUAAUCGAAGAACUCGUGGGCAGAGUACCUUCAAUUCGGAAUGGGCCUCGGGCGAUCGAUUUAGAUAUUGUGUUCUAUGGCAAUCGAGUGGUCGAUACCAGACGCAACCCCAGGAAGGAACUAGACGAUCUCAAUGGCGAACUGGUCAUCCCCCAUCCUCGAUUAUCAGAGCGAGAGUUUGUGUUGCGUCCGUUGAACGACAUGGUGCCUGACUUCGUACAUCCCAUCUUCCAUCGAAAGAUGGCUGCAUUAUUGACUGCUCUCAACAUAUCUGUGCCUCCUAUGCAAAAGGUCAUUCCUUUCCCGCGGUGUCCAUUUCCCGCAGACGAUACAAACCCCCAUGCCUUCAUUGACCCAGUACCCUCGACGUUGACAUCUUGGACACAUGCGGAGUCAUCGAAAACUCGGGUCAUGGCCACGCUCAACACCACCCCCGACUCUUUUUCCGAUGGCUCAACCCACAACACGUUGGCGACAGCAAUGCAAUAUGCGCAGGAGUCUGUUGCCGCAGGUGCCAGCAUUCUGGAUGUGGGUGGCUACUCUACACGGCCAGGAGCAGCGUUUGUUACCCCUGAGGAAGAAGUCGCUCGUAUUUCCCCUUGCAUAUCAGGAAUCAGAAAGGCCCAUACCGAACUCCCGAUGAGCAUCGAUACGUUCAGACCAGCUGUUGCGCGUGCUGCGAUAUUUGCUGGCGCAAACUGCAUCAAUGAUGUUCAUGCCUUCACGGGACCAGACUCUUAUCCGUUCUCGGACAAGGCUGUCUCAACGUCGCACAAGUCGAUGGCGGAAAUGAAAUCCUUGGCAAGGGAAUUUGCCGUGCCUGUUAUCUUAAUGCACUCCCGCGGCGACGCAGGUGUGAACAAGGACUACGGUGCAUAUAACUACGCUGGCGCUAGAAGCGCCGUUGUUGAAGGCGUGCGCGUCGAACUCGGGGCGAAAGUUGACUUGAUUGUCAAGGGGCAAGGGGGUAUCCGCCGAUGGCUUGUUAUCGUUGAUCCGGGCAUUGGGUUUAGCAAGACACUAGACGGAAACUUGGAGCUCCUACGGAGCGCUGCCUCUAUCACGGCCGAUGUCCAAAUUGGCACGGGUUCUCUUCGAAAACGCAAUCCAUUGAGUGGAUACCCUCAGCUGAUAGGCCCCUCGAGAAAAUCUUUUCUCGGUGUUAUUCUGGAGCAAGCAUCCGGCAGGAAAACCGAGCCGAACGAGCGAGACUGGGCCACUGCGUCAGCCGUCGCGUGUGCUGUCCAGCAAUCUGCCCUCGUUAUCCGCGUUCACCACACUCAAGCCCUGACUGACGUUGUUCAUGUCGCGAAUUCGAUACAUAGGUUUUUGUAG